UGUGUGUGUGUGUGUGUGUGUUUGAGUGCAUAUAUGUAUUCGGGCAGCAUCUCUCAGGGGGUCAGGGGUGUUUGAAGAUGAUAAUUGGAAUCGAGCCGACGUUAUGUGUCCCAGUGGAACCCCUCAGACCGUGUGUGUGUGUGUGUGUGUGUGUGUGUGUGUGUGUGUGUGUGCUGGGGUAUAAAAAGAGAGAAGUAUGAAGAUGGUCUCAGGCAUUGAUACUCCAAGACAAGAGCUCAUCAGAGUUCCACAUCUCAGAAGAUUCAAAUCUGAAUAAAACACAUCAAAUAAGAGUGAUGGUCAGUGUGUGCAGGCUGUUGCUGGUUGCUGCCUUGCUGUUGUGUUUGCAAGCGCAGCUAUCUGUUUCUCAACACUGGUCUCAUGGCUGGUAUCCUGGAGGAAAGAGAGAAAUCGACUCUUACAGCUCACCAGAGAUAUCUGGGGAGAUCAAACUGUGUGAAGCAGGAGAGUGCAGCUAUCUGAGGCCACUGAGAACCAACGUCCUGAAGAGCAUCCUGCUCGAUGCCCUUGUGAAAGAAUUCCAAAAGAAGAAGUGAAAACAAUUCAAUCAUGCCCCAGCUUCCUCCAGCCUCUUUCUUCGCUGAUAACACUUAUCUGAACACACACACACACAUCUGCUCAUCCGUGGAGUGUGUCUUUUUCUGUUUAUGUGGUUUUAGCGUCAAGCUUUCUGUCAUCUGUGUAUGAAGCAGCGAAGUGAAAUGCAUCAUGUGAUCAUUCAAUAAAACUUUUAUUUUGGUA